GGUUCUUUUCUUUUUUUUUUUUUUUUUUUUUUUUUUUUUUUUUUUUUUUUUUAUUUUUGACAGGCAGAGUGGACAGUGAGAGAGAGACAGAGAGAGAAAGGUCUUCCUUUGCCGUUGGUUCACCCUCCAAUGGCCGCCGCUGCAGCCGGCGCACCGUGCUGAUCCGAUGGCAGGAGCCAGGAGCCAGGUGCUUUUCCUGGUCUCCCAUGGGGUGCAGGGCCCAAGCACCUGGGCCAUCCUCCACUGCACUCCCUGGCCAUAGCAGAGAGCUGGCCUGGAAGAGGGGCAACCGGGACAGAAUCCGGCGCCCCAACCGGGACUAGAACCCGGUGUGCCGGCGCCGCAAGGUGGAGGAUUAGCCUAUUGAGCCACGGCGCCGGCUCAUUGGGUUCUUUUCUAAGAAGUCUUUGCCUGUGCCAGUUUCCUCAAUGUUCUCUAGUAUUUGAUGAUAUCAAGUCUUAGAUUUAGGUCUCUGAUCCAUUUUGAGUAAGGGAGUGUAAGGUGUAAGGGAGUGGUCUAGUUUUGUACUUCUGCAUGCAUGUGGAGAUCCAGUUUUCCUAGCACCACUUGUUGAGACUGACUGCUCCAGGGAUUAAUUUUUGCUCCUUUGUCAAAGAUAAGUUGGUUGUAGAUGCGUGGAUUGAUUUAUGGAGCUUCUGUUUUGUUCCAUUGGUCUACAUGGCUGUUUUUGUCCUAGUACCAGGCUAUUUUGAUUAUAAUUGCCCUGUAGUAUGUCUUGAGAUAUGGUAUUGUGGUGCCUCCAGCUUUGUUUUUAUUGUGUAAGAUUAUUUUAGCUAUUCUGGUUCUCUUGUGUUUCCAUAUGAAUUUUAGCGUAAUUUUUUUCUAGAUCUGAAAAGAAUGCUGUUGGCAUUUUGACUGAGAUCACACUGAAUCUAUAUAUUGCUUUCAGUAGUAUGGACAUUUUGAUGAUAUUGAUUCUUCUAAUCCAUGAAUAUGGAAGAUUUUUCUACUUUUUAUGUCUUAUUUUACUUCUUCCUUUAUGUUUUGGAAUUUUCACCAUAGAGAUUUUUACAUCUUAAGUUAAAUUUAUUACAAGAUAUUUAAAUUUAUUUUGUAGCUAUUAUGAAUGAUAUUGAUCUUAGAAGCUCUUUCUCAGGUAUGACAUUGUGUAUAUCAAGGCUAUUGAAUUUUGUGUGUUGAUUUUAUAGCCUGCACUUUAUCAAAUUCUUUUAUGAGUUCUAAUAGUUUCUAAGUGGAAUCUUUUGGAUCCUUUAUAUAUAGAAUCAUGUCAUCUGCAAAUAGGGAUAGUUUGACAUCCUCCUUCCCAAUUUGUAUCCUUUGAUUUAUUUUUCUUGCCUAAUGGUUCUGGCUAAAACUUCUAGGACUAUAUGAAAUAGCAAUGGCGAGAGUUGGCAUCCUUGUCUGGUUCCAGAUCUCAGGGGGAAUUUCUCCAAUUUUUCCACAUUCAGUAAGAUGCAUUCUGUGGGUUUGUCAUAGAUUGCCUUGAUUUUUUGUGUUUAGGAAUGUUCCUUCUGUACCCAAUUUGCCUAGAGUUUUCAUCAUGAAAGGGUGUUGUAUUUUAUCAGAUGCUUAUUCUGCAUCUAUUCAGAUAAUAAUAUGGUUUUUGUUCUUCAGUUUGUUAAUGUGAUGUAUCACAUUGAUUUUCAGAUAUUGAACCAUCCCUGCCUACCAGGGAUAAAUCCCAGUUGGUUCAGAUGGGCCAUCUUUCUGAUGUGUUGUUGGAUCUAAUUGGCUAGUAUUUUGUUGAGUACUUUUGUAUCUAUGUUGUAUCAGGAAAAUGUUUUAUAGUUCUCUCUCUCUGUUGUAUCUUUUUCGGGUUUAGGAAUUAAGGUUAUGCUGGCUUUGCAGAAGAAGUUUUGGAGGAUACCCUCCCUUUCAAUUGUUUUGAAUAACUUGAGAAGAAUUGGGAUUUUUUUUUAAAGAUUUAUUUAUUUAUUUAUUUAUUUUUUGACAGGCAGAGUGGACAGUGAGAGAGAGACAGAGAGAAAGGUCUUCCUUUUGCCGUUGGUUCACCCUCCAAUGGCCGCCGUGGCCCGCACGCUGCGGCCGGCGCACCACACUGAUCCGAUGGCAGGAGCCAGGAGCCAGGUGCUUCUCCUGGUCUCCUAUGGGGUGCAGGGCACUUGGGCCAUCCUCCACUGCACUCCCUGGCCACAGCAGAGAGCUGGCCUGGAAGAGGGGCAACCGGGACAGAAUCCGGCGCCCCGACUGGGACUAGAACCCGGUGUGCCGGUGCCGCAAGGCGGAGGAUUAGCCUAGUGAGCCGCGGCGCCGGCUCGGGAUUUUUUUUUUUAAAGAUUUAUUUAUUUAUUCAAAAGGCAGAACUACAGAGAGGCAAAGGCAGAGGCAGAAAGAGAAAGGUCUUCUAUCCACUGAUUCAUUCCCCAAAUGUCUACAACAUCUGGAGCUGCGCCAAUCUGAAGCCAGGAGCUUCUUCUGGGUCUCCCACAAGUGGGUGCAGGGGCUCAAGGAGUCAAGCCAUAUUCUUCUGCUUUCCCAGGCCAUACCAGAGAGCUGGAUUAGAAGUGUAGCAGCCAGGACUUGAACCAGUGCCUAUAUGGGAUGCCAGCACUGUGGGUGGCAGCCACAGCUGCCAUACCACAGCACCAACCCCAAGGGAUUGAUUCUUCUUUAAAUGUCUGGUAGAAUUCAGCAGUGAAGCCAUUGGGUCCUGGGCUUUUAUUUGUUUGGAGGGUCUUUAUUACUGAUUCAGUCUCCCUCUACAUUAUUGGUCUGUUUAGGUGUUCUAUGUCUUCAUGACUGAAAUUUGGAAGAUUGUAUGUGUCCAGAAAUCUUUCCAUUUCUUCUAGGUUUCCUGAUUUGUUGGCAUGAAGCUCUUUGUAGUAAUUCCUGAUGAUUCUUUUCAUUUCUGUGGUAUCUGUUGUUGCAUUUCCUUUAUCAGCUCUGAUUUUACUGAUUUUGGUAUCCUCCCCCCUUUUUUUGGUUAGUUGGGUCAGUGGUGUGUCAAUUUUGUUAAUUUUUCAAAAAAAGCUCUGUAUUUCACUGAUCUUUUGUAAUUUUUUGUUUUAAUUUAAUUCUUUAAAAUAUUUAUUUAUUUAUUUGAAAGUCAGAGUUAGAGAAGGAGAGGCAGAGAGAGAGAGAGAGAGAGAAAGAGAGAGAAAGAGAGAGAGGUAUUGCAUCCGCUGGUUCACUCCCUAGUUGGCCACAACAUCUGGAGCUACGCUGAUCCAAAGCCAGAAGAGAUGCUAGCACUGCAGUUGGUGGCUUCACCUGCUACGCCGCAGCACCGGCCCCAUCUUUGCAUCCAUCUUACAUUCUGAUAUGAGAAUCUGUUAAAUAUAAAAUAUCCAGAGAAUUCCAUAAGAGACAGUCUAUUAAUUAAUGAUGGAUAAGAACUACUGUGAUGGAGGAGGAUGACAUGUUUGGAAAGAAAAGCAAAAGCUCCGCAUGUUCAGUGUCCACCGAGGCAGGUAAUUCUAAUAGGUUUUCUGGAUGAAAAGCGGGUUUGUGGCUGGCAGGGGCUUGCCAUGAUGGAGGAGUGGGAGUGACUGUUUAAUGGGGGUAGGUUUCCUUUUGGGGUGAUUGACGCGUUCUGGAACUAGAGAAUGCUGAUGGUUGCAGAACACUGUGUAUGUACUAAAUGCCAUUGAAUUGUGGCCUUUUAAAAAGUUUUAAUUGAAAAUACUCAUACAUAUUCAUGGAGUCUAGUACAAUAACAUAUAUAAUAAAUCAGGGUAAUUAAAAUUUCUGUCUCAUCAAAUAUUCAUCAUUUCCCUGUGGUAGGACUCUUCAAACUCUAUUAGUUAUUUUGAAAUAUAAAUUGUUGUAGACUACAGUUAUCCAACUGUGCUAUAAAUUACCAGUACUAACCAACUCUUCAUAUUUAAGUAUAUUUCAGUACCCAUAACCUAACCUCUCUCCAUCCCCAUGCCUCCUACAUGUUCACAUCUCUAGUGACCAAUAUUCUCCUCUUUUCUCUAUUGACUGGGUUCUUUAGCUUUUACACGUGAAUAAGGCCACAUGGCAGGUGUCUUUCUGUGUAGGAUUUUCCGUCUUCACAUGCUGUCCUCCAGUUCCAUGCAUGUGGCUGCAGUCAGCGUUACUGAUGAUAUUUGGGCCUAACUUAAGCUUCCUGGAGGGCACUGACAAACAGAAAAUAAAAAUACUGAGCUGGAUAUGAGAGGCAGUGGAAGGAGAAGUCAAAGACAAUAAUGUAAUAUAAUAGACAGUUUGAACAAAUCUUACACCGCUGUCCUAAUAGCAUAGGAUAUUUGCACAACUUUACUAUUUUCACCAGCACCAUCUAUGUCAACUUUUUAUAGGGAGAACUGGGAUAAGAAUGAUAGCAUUGACUGAGAUUGAGAAACUGGGCAAGUACGCCACUGAUGAGAAAGUUAAGACUGAGCUCUUGGAACAUGAACCAUAGCACUGAAGGGUUUGUCUAUGAGAGAAGCGACAGAGAGGAAGGCAGUGUACACAGAGUGGCACUGAAGGACAUUUUUAAGAAUGAAAAUUUUUGAAAAUUGAAAGAAUCAAUAGGGAAAGAAAAAUUUGCAGGUGAUGCAGAGCAAUCUAAGUGCAGAUGCAGGUAAGUUUUUUGGAAUGAUUUUUUGUUAAUGUGAAUGUAAAAAAUUAAAUGAAGCCCUAGGUGUUUUAUUUAUGCCUCAGUGAGCUAUAAAUCUUACUUUGCAAAGAGAGCUAACAUAAUUUUCUAAAAGAAAUUAGUGCUAGAUUUCCUGGAUUUUCAUGAGAUUGAAUGUAGAGUAAGGUAUUCUUUGGCACUCUUUACACAUCCAUAAGGAUAUGGGUACAAUAAUGAAUGAAGUUUUACAGUGUAUGUGUCAGUGUCCAAAUGUGGUGAGUUUUUUUGUGUGACAUAUGCAUUCACUCUCAAAAAUAAUCACAGAAUGGUAUCUUUAGUGAUUCAAGCAAUGUUGUCAUACAGAACUCCAAGCUAUUAGCUAGAAAAGAUAGAGUUCAUUUAGACCAAGAACUUCCAAUGUGUUGGUUUAAAAUUCGCUUACUUAUUUCUUUAAAUAUUCCUAAUUUUCCAGUGAAGAUUUGCUGGUUCUUACUGUACCUCCAAGCUUUCCUUCCAUCCUUCCUCUGGCUUACUUUUCUAACUUGUGCUCAUAGUAUAUUCAUAGUACAUUCAUGUUUUUCCUUCUCCUAAUCUUUAUUGACAACUUAUUAUGUGCCAAGGAUAGAUUGUGAGCUGAGAUUCUAAUAUGAAAUAUGUUUCUUCUUGUUUUUAAAUUUACUAUUUUAUAUUUUGUUGUGGAAAAAUAAAUUAUUUAUGUGGAUCAAACCUGCUUUUCCCCUUUAGAUCAAUAAAUACAUUGUCCCAUGGUUUCUUGUGGUAUUAUUGUGUUUACAGUAGGGAAAAUAAGUUAUUUCUUUAUGUUCUCAGAUGAAAUGAAGAGAAUAACUCUAGAAUAAUUACAUAUGAAAGAAAGGAAAUGGAAGGAGACAAUUUCACCAUGUGGAGUUUGUUUGUCCUGGAGGGAUUUUCCCAGUACCCAAGACUGGAGAUUGUUCUCUUUGUCUUCAGCCUUGUCAUGUAUCUGAUAACCCUCCUGGGGAAUAGCACACUUAUUUUAAUCACGUUCAUAGAUUCGCGCCUUAAAACACCCAUGUACUUGUUCCUGGGAAAUCUCUCUCUCAUGGAUGUCUGUUACACAUCUGCUUCGAUUCCUGCUUUGCUGGUGAACUUGCUGUCAUCCCCGAAGACCAUUAGCUUUUUUGGGUGUGCUGCCCAGAUGUAUCUGUCCCUUGCCAUGGGCUCCACAGAGUGUCUGCUGCUGGCGGUGAUGGCAUAUGACCGUUAUGUGGCCAUUUGCAACCCGCUGAGAUACCCCAUCAUCAUGAACAGGCAGGUCUGUGUGCAGAUGGCCGCCGUUUCCUGGCUCACAGGCUGUCUGACUGCCCUGCUGGAAACCAGUUUUGCCCUGCAGAUGCCGCUCUGCGGGAAUCUCAUCGACCACUUCACAUGCGAAAUUCUGGCCGUUCUGAAGUUAGCUUGCGUGAGUUCAUUGCUCAUGGACGUGGUCAUGCUUGUGGUCAGCAUUCUCCUCCUGCCCAUUCCAAUGCUUUUUAUCUGCGUCUCUUAUGUCUUCAUUCUUUCCGCUAUUCUGAGGAUCAGUUCAGCAGAAGGAAGAAACAAAGCUUUUUCUACCUGUGGUGCCCACUUGAUGGUGGUGAUUUUAUUUUAUGGGGCUGCUCUUUCCAUGUACCUAAAGCCUUCUUCAUCAAACUCAAAAGAAACUGAUAAAGUCAUCUCAUUGCUUUAUGGAGUGCUUACCCCUAUGUUGAACCCCAUAAUUUACAGUUUAAGAAACAAAGAAGUCAAAGAUGCUAUGAAAAAAAUGCUGGGCAAAAUGCCACUGCAUCAAACACAUGAACGUCUGUGACUGGUGCCUAUGGCUUGUACCAAGGAAGUGUCCUUGACAGAAAAAUUCUAGACAAAUAAAACCCCCUCAAACUCUGAGCUGAACUUUAGUUCUGUGAUCUCACUGUUCCAAAAUUAUGAGAUAUGUGCAUAUAGAAUCAUUGCCUGUGGUCACCAGUUGGUUCCAAUUUACACUUGUUCAGAUUUCCUGUCCUUUCUGUUUCAUGGAGAUGAAGAAAUUUUGAACUAUAGUCAUCGAAUGUUACUCCAGAAGGAAACUUGGAUAGAUUCAUAUAGCAAAUGUUAAUGCCAGGAGAACCUUGAGUAUCUCCGCUCCUUAAACUCCUUCUAAGGAAUAGGAGCAUAAAGGAGCAAGGAAGCAAGUGAUAGCAAUUGAAUGGCUUUCAUUGUGUGAGAACACAGAAUGAAGGAAAAUUUAAAAGACUUAUACAACAUCAUGCAUUUGGAACUGAUACUCCAACAUCCUUGUGACUUCUUGGACAGAGCUCUUUCUUCAACAGUGGUAGCUCCCUAACUUCCCUUUGUUAUUUAAAACUCUUGAAUAAAAAUCAUUGUUUUCCUGAGUAAAGUAUCCAGUGAUGUCUACUUGAUUUGCCACCUGCCAACCUUGCUUCUCUAAGCACAAAGAUACCUGUGCGAAUUGUGUGUGAGAAAACCAUCCUUAACACUAAUUAGGUCUUUUCCCUGUGUGUCUUUGUACUUCGGUAGAAGAGUGACUUUAUGAGGAUGACUAUUCCUAUUAUUUUGUAAGUUUUCAGGUUUGUAGCACUAUAUAAAUUAAUAAAUUUAUUAGCUUUCAACCAAUCACUUUUGGGAAGCACCUACCACUUUUGAAAAUUAUGAAGAAAUAAGGGGAAUAAGAUUGUUGCUUUAUAAAUAUCUAAAAAUGACAAUAUUUACAUUAGCUGUUUAAAAUCUUUUAUUUAUAUACAAAUAUUGCCUGUUAAUUCAGAUUCUGGGCCUCAACUACAGAUUUUUAUUCAGUAGCAAUAGAAUGGAUCCUAAUAAUCUGCUGUUACAUUAGAGCCCCAAGAAAUUCUGAAAUAGGCUGUGAAAUGACCAUACUUUGGGAUACUCAGUUUCUGAGAAAAAUCUAUCAUUCCAGAAGAAAACUAGAGUAAUUUUUAUCUCUUUUUUAAUCUUCUCUCUUACUGGUCCUUAUUUCUCCCUUUUUCAUUUCAUAUUUUAUUUUCCUUCCUCCAUCUGUGUCAUCUCUUUGCCUGCUUCUACUUCUGAAGUAGGGAAGGGAAAGCUGCAUUGAGUGAAGUAUAAAUUCAUUUUUCAAAAUAGGAAGCACUUAACAAGUUUUAAUACUGGAUAUUGAGUUUUAUUAUCUAACUCUUAGACUAUUCUCUUAGAUCUAGGACUCCUGUUACGUGUUCUGGAUGUGAAACCCAAAUAAAAAAGGCUUGAAAUAAUUGCAAGCAAAAUUCUCAAGAUGGAGUAAGAGGACAAAUGUAAUGCCAGAUGGUGCUGCCAGGAGACAGUGAUGGCCAGGUGCUGUGGUGUAGUGGGUUAAGAUAGCACUGCAUUGCCGGCAUCCCAUAUGAGCACUGGUUUGGAUCCUGAUUGCUUCAUUUCUGAUCCAGGUCCCUGCUAAUGCACCUGGGGAAGCAGUAGAAGAUGGCCCAAGUACUUGGGCUUUGAUCACAUAUUUGGGAAUCCUGGAUGGAAUUCCAGGUUACUAGUUUGGCCUGGCCCAGCCUUGGUCAUUGUAGCCAUUUGGGAAGUGAAUCAGUGGAUAGAAGAUCUCUCUCUUGCUGUCCUUCUCUCUGUCUCUGUAACUCUGCCUUUUAAAUAAAUAAAUCUUAACAAAAAAGGGGAGAGAUGCUUGAUAGUGAGCAAUGGAAACAAGCCCUGAGUAACAACUUUGAAUAGUAGGGGAGAGCUGACUUAGGAAGCAUUGAUUCUUGAAGUCACUUUUUUCUCUUUUAGAUACCUCAAUCUUCCUAAUCCCAUUACCAUAAUCAUUUUCAUGGAA